AUGUCGGAACUCAAUCCCGCUGUACGCGCCUGUAACGAGCGGACAAAGGUCGCUGUUAUAGGUCUUGGUGUGACUGGCCUGGCAGCAGUCAAGAAUCUCGUCGAGCAGGGGUUUGAAGUGGAGGCGCUCGAGCGGAGUCAGCAUAUUGGCGGUUUGUGGAGGUAUAACGAGGAUAAGAACCUGCUCUCUGUUCUCAAGAGCACUCCCGACUUUCCCUCCGCCGAUCAAAUAGCAGACUACCUCGAGUCCUACGCCGACCAUUUCGCUCUGCGCCGGGGCUUUCACCUGGGUACUGCUGUCAAGCGGGUCCAGCGGUCUCUCACAGGAGACAAAUGGGAAGUCUCCUAUACGCGGGCGGUUCCAGAGGGCGCGGUUGCUGGGGAGAACAAAGUCGAGGUUGGCGUGUACGACCGGGUGUAUGUGGCGUCUGGGGCGUUAGGCGCUCCUGUCAUGCCGAAGUUGCCAGGGCUGGAGGUCUUUGAGGGGAAGCAGCUUCAUACUAGAGCUUAUAAGGGACCUGAACCAUUCAAGGGCAAGCGAGUACUGGUGGUCGGGAUGGGCAACACCGGGUCUGAUACCGCCUCCUCCUUAAUGGGUACGGCGGAGAGCGUGUAUCUCUCACAUCAUCGAGGCGGGCGGAUAGCAAAACCAUCAGACCAAACGGCGACACGUCGGAUCUUCUGGCUUGGUGGCUGGACCAACUCGCUCAUGCCGACCGUCAUGGCUUAUCUCGCCGAUAAAGCUCUCGAAAAGAUCGUCAAGAGGUACUAUAGAACGGCAAUCUCGGCCGACCCCUCUAUCCACAUCGAUCCCGCCUGGAAACUACUGCCUGCACCCCCCUUCCACUCCUCUCCCGCUACCAUAUCAGACGUCCUUCUGAAACACUUCUCGACCGGCGCCAUCCGGCCCCUCACCGCCGUCCAGAGAGUCACCCCAUCCGGGGUCGUGACCGCGGAAGGCGCCUUUGACGUUGUCAUGAUCCUAUCCGGACCCGCCGGUUCGGCAGCUCUCGGCAUUGCCACCCAAACCUUCAAGCUCCUCAUACCUCCGACUCCGCGCUCAUUACCCCGUGCCUCGCGCAGCACUAUCUCCACUCUCGGUUCCACGCGCGCCCCACGCGGCACCUCCCCCGCUCUCGGCCAAGCCCUACCUUAUCUACCCUCUCGUCUCGCGCCUCGCUCGGUCGCCCCGCCAGCUGGUUCAGCACCCACCGUGACAGACGUCGACGUCAUCAUUUUCGCCACCGGAUCGCGGUUCGACUACUCCUUCCUCGCAGGUAACGCCAACCCCUCUCCGCCCGACUCCCCACAUCCCUAUCCUAUGCUAUAUCAAUCUGUUAUGUCGAUCAAUCACCCCGAUAGCCUCGCCAUUGUAGGUCCAUACAAGGGCUUCUCGAUCACCGCUAUGCUCAACGCGGACCUUACUGCUCAGGCAGUUGCGCAGAUUUGGAAGGGGAAUGUGGUAUUGCCGGAUAAGAAGGCGAUGGAGGGGUGGUGCGAGCGGAGCUAUGCGUUUCGCCAGAAACUCACCAAAGGUCAAGGGUCGGGCCAGGCGGGGAUGGACGCGUACAAACUGGAGGGAUGGCUAUCCAAGGCAGCCGGGACGGGGAUGGCGGAGAAUCUCAGCUGGGGAUGGAAAGGGUGGAAGUUCUGGUGGGGACAUCGGAAGCUAUACCGGCUGUUGAUGGAUAGGAUCAAUACACCUCACGUGUAUCGACUGUUUGAGGGCAGGGAGGGCGGACGGAAGCGAUGGGACGGAGCGGAGGCAGCGAUCUGGCGGUUGAACGGGGAAGAUAGGGUGUCGAGCUCGUAG